AAAACAAAACGAAAGAAAUGGCUCCGAGCAAAUUGCGAAAAGCCAUCGGGGCUGUCAAGGACCAGACCAGCAUCAGCCUAGCAAAAGUCGGGAACAGCAGUUCCCUCUCGGACCUUGACGUGGCCAUCGUCAAGGCGACUCGUCACGAGGAGUUCCCAGCGGACGAGAGGCACAUCCGUGAGAUCCUGAGCUUGACGUGCUACUCCCGUGCCCACAUAAGCGCCUGCGUCAACACUCUCUCUAGGCGCCUCAGUAAGACCAAGAAUUGGGUGGUGGCGCUCAAGUCCCUCGUGUUGAUCCACCGGUUGCUGGCCGAUGGCGACCCUGCGUAUGAGGAGGAAAUCUUUUUCUCGACAAGGCGAGGGACCCGCCUCCUCAACAUGUCUGAUUUCCGAGACACUUCGAGGUCCAACGCCUGGGACUACUCAGCAUUCGUCCGCACGUUCGCCCUGUAUCUCGAUGAAAGGCUGGACUACAGGAUGCAGGGAAGGAGAGGGAAGAGGAGUACGUUCGGACUCGAUGAAGAAGAAGAAGAGGCUCACCAACCCCACAAGGCCACGCCAGUCCGUGAAAUGAAAGUCGAGCAAAUGUUCUCCAAGAUGCAUCAUCUGCAACAGAUCCUAGACCGUUUCCUCGCAUGCAAGCCAACAGGUGGAGCUAAGAACAACAGGAUUGUCUUUUUGGCUCUUUAUUCAGUGGUGAAAGAAAGUUUCCAGAUCUACCACGAGAUAGUCGAACUCAUGGCUAUCUUUGUUGAUAGAUUCAUGGAAAUGGAUAUUCCUGAAAGCGUGAAGGUCUAUGAGAUGUUUACUCGGAUAGGCAAGCAAUUUGAUGAGCUAGAUUCAUUCUACGCCUGGUCCAAGGACUUCGGCAUCGCCCGGCCUUCUGAUUACCCAGAAGUUGAAAAGAUCACGCAAAAGAGGCUAGACAUCAUGGACGAAUUGAUCCGUGAUAAGACAGCACUUGCAGAAGGCAAGAAAGAAAAGAAAAAAGGCAACCAAACGGCAGAGAAGGUAAACACUUCAGAUCAACUGAAUAAUGAACCGGAAGCAGAGCAAGAGGAAGACCCGAACGCUACUAAAGCGCUGCCGGCCCCUGUGGAUGCUAAUACCAAUGAGGCUCCAGAGGAAAAGCCUGACAAGGAAGAAGAACCAAAGGAAGAGGACAAGGAGACUGUCCAACAAGAAGCGGAUCUACUAAACUUAGGUGAUGAUGCCGUUACAAGCGAAGAGCAUGCAGACAAGUUGGCCCUGGCUUUAUUUGAUGGUGAUGGUGCACCCACAGCAAGCUCGGGACCAAGUCCGCUGGCCUGGGAAGCAUUUCCUAGUGGUUCAGCAGAUUGGGAAAACGCACUCGUACAAUCAGCCAGCAACUUACAAAAUCAGAAUGCAGCGCUAGGCGGUGGAUUCGAUAUGACCCUGCUCGAUGGGAUGUACCAACAAGGGGCUAUAGCACAAGCGGGUGCGAAUUAUGGAGGUAGCGGAAGCGCCAGCAGCGUUGCACUGGGGUCCGCAGGAAGGCCUGCCAUGCUCGCUUUGCCUGCACCACCAGCACAGAAUGGUGGCACCACAACCCCUGGGGGAGAUCCAUUUGCAGCCUCUCUAGCAGUGGCGCCACCGGCUUACGUGCAAAUGUCUGAGAUGGAGAAAAAGCAAAAGCUUUUGAUGGAUGAGCAGUUAAUGUGGCAGCAAUAUGCUGGGCUGGGGAGGCAAGGGCAGAUUGGAGCGGGACAUCCAUACAACGCGGGAGUUUAUACGAGACAGUACUAAAUCCAUAGCUUCUCGCAGGUAGGGAAGAUCUUUUAAUCCGUAUCAAUUCCACGUGGCUGGAUCAUAAAAAUUCUGUAAUUAGGGAAGCCUAUGGCUGAGUUCACGGGCAAAUUGGAUUAGUUUCAUUUCACGUGAGCAAAUUGUGGUCAUGUUAAUGUACUGAUUACCGAUACUUUGUUAGCAAACUAAUUGAAACAUAAUUGUG